AUGUCCGCCCAAAACCGCACCCUAUUCCACCACCUCCCCCCGCCAGCAGAAUGUCUAGCCCUCAUUAUUGGAACUCUCGAAUUGGUUCCGUUCGGCAUAGCCGGCCUGCGCAACCCAGGUAGCUUCGCAGACGGCUACGGGCUACCUAUUUCCAACACCGCAAGCCAAUCACCCUCAACACCAUCAACAUCAACGGAAGAAGAACAAACUAAAAAGGCGCUCGUAGCCGCGAUAGCAGCGCGGAACUUGCAGAACGGUGUCUUACUCCUCACCUUCGGGCUGUUCUUACGAGAUCGGCGCAGUUUGGGCAUAUCCGUGUUGGCGGGGCUAGUAACGACGAUUGCGGACACGGUGAUUGUGCGGGCGUACGGCGUGAAGGAGAAGAUUGCCGGGCAUUAUGUGGGCGUGUUUAAUUGCUUGGCGGUGGGAGGAAGUUUGCUCUAUUGGGGGAGGAACGAUCCGUUGUGGUAG